AUGGAAUCGUCUUUUCAAGAUGUAACCAACGUGGUACCAACGAAGCGUCGCAUUCCUUCACAGCAUAUUAUGCAGAUGUCAGAGGGAACAAAUGUUGCCAUGAUGGAAGAGUUAUCUGAAAAGGUGGAUCAUCUCUCAGAGAAGAUUGAUGCCAUGUAUGAAAUGUUAUUGUCCUUAAUGUCCCAACAUCAACAACAACAACAAGUAUCUACAAUGCCAGCGGCUUCUCCAGUGAUGACACAACUUCAAUCUCGGGAGUUGGAUCCACCUACGCCUGUGAAAGAAGAGCGACAUGUCGCUUCCUUUAUCAACAAUCCCACUCAACAACACCAAGACACUGUGCCAUCCUGUGCAGUUCUAGAGGAUUUUCAGCCGCCUGCGAUAACGGGUACACUAGCUACCGUACCUGCCGCGAAUACAAUCACAACAACAACAAUGAAUAAGGAUGCGGAGUUUAAGAACUAUAAUCAGAAGAAGUCCCCAGUGAAUGGAAUGACAUCCACACCAGGUCGUGUUGCUGAUCUGAAUAACUGGGCAAAGCGUGACUGUUUUAUUUUGAUUGUGGAAUUUAAAUGCCAACGCGUGAAACGAUGUGAAAGUAGUGUCUUUAUUACGCCUGGACAGUACGCUAUUGUGCAGGGUGAUCGAGGACAUGAUUGCGGUGUGGUGAAUCAGUGCAGUGAGUGGAGUGUGGAGAAGGGCUGUUUUGUGCGUGAGGAGAGUUUUGACGGCAAUUUGGUGAACGUGAGUCGUAUGAAAGGUGAACUCGGCCGUGUUCUCCGGGUGGCGACGGAGGAAGAAGUGGAGCGACUCUUCGGUGAAAUUGCCCGCAAUGAGAAUCUUGCGCUGCGAACAUGUCGAGAGAUUGUGGCCCGACUUGGACUGGACAUGGAUGUGGUGGACUGUGAAUAUCAGUUUGAUCAACAGAAGAUCAGUUUUUAUUACGAAGCCUCACGAUCAAUUGACUUUCGUCAUCUCAACAGUGAAUUGUACCGCAUAUUUGGGGUUCGUAUUUGGCUGCAGAAUGUGAAUAAUGCGGUGAAGAAUGUUGUGCCCGCUGGUGCCAUGUCUCGUGAUGAUAAAGUACAGUACCAGAAGAGUGGUCUGCGUCCACCAACCUUUAGAUAG